AUGGUGUACAAACGCCCCUCAUCAGAGCCUGUCGCAGUUGUCGGGAGUAGUUGCCGCUUUGCUGGCGGUGCUACCUCGCUAGCCAAGCUAUGGGAAGUCCUAUGCGAGGUCCCCGACCUCUCCCAAGAAGUGCCACCUGAAAGAUUCAAUGCUACAGCAUUCUAUCAUCCCGAUGGCGAAUACCACGGCACGACGAAUUCCAUCAAGGCAUACUGGUUACAACAGGACCAUCGAGUUUUCGACGCGGGCAUGUUCAACAUUACACCCAAAGAAGCUGAGGCGGUCGACCCCCAACAACGCAUGGUUCUCGAAGUCGUCUAUGAAGCAAUGGAGUCAGCUGGAUAUACCUUAGACACAUAUUACGGGAAGAACGUAUCCGUCUUCUCUGGUGUGAUGACGGCGGACCAUGACGUACUAUCUCAGCGCGACGAGCUUUCGACAAGUCAGUAUUACGCCACUGGGAAUGCACGUUCGAUCAUUUCGAACCGGGUUUCGUAUUUCUUCAACUUUCAGGGCCCGUCUAUGACGAUAGAUACCGCUUGCAGCUCGAGUCUCGUGGCUCUCCAUCAAGCAAUCCUGAGCCUGCGGUCUGGCGAGAGCGCUAUGGCCUGUGUUACGGGCGUGAACUUGAUGUUAACGCCGGAACAAUUCCUCGUGGAAUCCAGUCUGCACAUGCUUAGCCCAACAGGAAAGAGCCGAAUGUGGGACGCUUCCGCCGACGGCUACGCACGAGGAGAAGGCGUCGCAGCGUUACUCCUCAAGCCCCUUUCUCGGGCCUUGGCAGAUGGCGACGAAAUUAUGGCAAUUAUUCGAGACACUGGAGUUAAUUCAGACGGGCGAACGAAGGGAAUAACUUUGCCUAAUCCCGAGGCUCAGUCUUCGUUGAUUAAGGAGACUUAUAAGAAGACGGGGUUGGACUCUAUAGACCCCGAGGAUCAGUGCCAGUAUUUUGAGGCUCAUGGUACCGGUACACCCGCGGGUGACCCCAGAGAGGCGGAAGCAAUUUGCAAUGCCUUUUUCGACCCAAGUACAUGUGCUAGCCCGACGGCUAAUGCCGAUAAUAUGCUAGUCGGGUCUUGCAAGACAGUGCUUGGACAUACCGAGGGUGCCGCUGGCUUGGCUGGGUUGCUCAAGGUCAUACAAUCAAUGAAGCACGGACUGAUCCCCCCAAAUUUACAUUUCAAUUCCAUCAAUCCUAAUGUAAAGCCGUUCUAUACACGCCUGGAGAUUCCCACUUCUCUUAUUCCUUGGCCGCAGCCUCCCGUAGGCCAACCAAAAAGGGCAAGCAUCAAUUCAUUCGGAUUCGGAGGUGCUAACGCCCACGCUAUUAUCGAAUCCUAUGAGCCGCACAUUCACGAUGCUAUCUAUCGGCAGCGUACAAGAGAGGAAGGGAGCGAAGGUCUACAACACCAGGAUGUAACCGAUAAGCCUUCGCUCUACCUACCACUCCUUCUAUCAGCUGCCUCCCAAGUAUCAUUGCGGGCCGUCGUUUCGUCUUAUAGAGAAUACUUAUUACAACAUCCAGAUGUCGACCAUGAUAAACUGGCAUGGGCUGUAUUCUCUCGUCGAACAGCCCUCCCGUACCGUCUUGCUGUUUCAGCGAAUUCGAGGUCUCAAGUCCUUAACGCUUUCGGGAAGAUACUGGACGAGUCAUCAUCGCCUAGUAAUACAGGAAUCCGGAAUAAGACCAUAGGUGGGCGACCCAGGAUCCUCGGGAUCUUUACCGGCCAAGGUGCCCAAUGGGCUACGAUGUCUAGGUCGUUGUUCCUCAAUAACAGAACAUAUCGCUGUACUAUACGUAACCUCGACCAAGUCUUGAGAUCUACUUCUCAGCCACCCGACUGGACUUUGGAAGGACAGAUCUUAGCAGAGGGGAGUGCGUCGCUAGUCAAUAUUGCUGCCGUAUCCCAACCUCUCUGCACUGCGAUACAAAUAGGGCUAGUCGAUCUGUUAAAGAGCCUAAACGUCAGUUUUCAUACCGUCGUUGGGCAUUCAUCGGGAGAGAUCGCGGCGGCGUAUGCGGCAGGAAGAUUAUCGGCGAGAGAUGCGAUUUUGAUCUCGUACUAUCGUGGCUACCUGGCACACCUCGCUAGCAGCCCCGAAGGUCAGAAGGGCGGCAUGCUCGCAAUAGGAAUUUCGGAGAAGGAGGCAUUCCGAUUUUGCGAGGCACCAAUGUUCGACGGCAGACUCCAUGUCGCCGCGAGCAACUCUCCGUCUAGUGUCACACUCUCAGGCGACCUGGAUGUGAUCCAGAAAGCUCACGAGGAACUAACUAAGGAGAGAAAGUUCUCAAGGAUACUCGUAGUCGAUUCGGCCUAUCACUCUCCCCAUAUGAUAAAACCUGCGGUCGAAUAUGUCAAGGCCCUGCAAUCUAGCGACAUUGAGCCAGAUAAGCUGGGUAACGGAACAGUCUGGGUAUCUAGCGUGCAUGGGCGCUCUAUGAACGGAGACGAAGAGCUGAGCGCUGAGUACUGGAGGGACAACAUGGUUAACAUGGUGCGAUUCCAUGAUGCUGUCGCGAAUGCCAUCUCUCAACACGGUCCGUUCGACUGUGCUUUAGAAGUUGGUCCCCACCCAGCUCUCAAGGGUCCUUUCACCCAGACAGUCAAAUCCCUCGGACACGACCUUCAUUAUUCGAGUCCUCUGAAUCGAACCAAGGAUGACACCCUGGCGUUUUCAGACUUUCUUGGGUUCCUAUGGUCUCAUUAUGGCUCACAAGAAAUCAACAUUGGCAAGUAUAUUGAACAGUCAUCCAGUUCAGCUGUCCUCGACACCCGCAUUGCUGACCUACCGACUUACCCAUGGGAUCACUCCCAAUUGCAUUAUCGAGAGUCGCGAAUCUCCCGCCAGUUCCAUUUUAAAACCAGCCCUCCUCACGAGUUACUUGGCGUUCGUACUAGAGACGACAAUGAGCAUGAAAUGCGAUGGCGAAACCUGCUGAAGCUGGAUAAGCUACCUUGGGUAGAACAUCAUAGCUUCCAAGGCCAUGCUCUCCUGCCCGCUUCAGCAUAUUGUAUCAUGGCACUUGAUGCGGCUCGAUGUCUCUUGAAGGAAGAGUCGGCGUCGUUGGUGGAAUUGCAGGAUGUGCAGAUUCUAAGCGGCAUAAACAUCGAGCGGGAUUCCAUAGGCACCGAGAUCUUGUUUACGCUUGCCGUACUGCCGCAGAGCAAUGGUUACGAUAAAAACUUGAUCGUUGAAGCUGACUUUACAUUAGCAUCUUGUCCUGCUGACGGAACCACAGUUAUGAGAAAGAAUAUGAUGGGACGUCUGAUAAUUCAUCUAGGGGAACCUACCUUGGAUGCAUUACCGCCUAGAUGCCCUUCAGAGUCGGAGACAUUUCCUGCGACUCCAGAGUCAUUCUAUAAAACGAUGGAAGAAACGGGAUUGGCAUAUACGGGUCCUUUCCAUGCCUUAAAUUCUAUUCAACGCCGUUAUAACUACUGUUCCGCGACCUUGAAGCGCUGGCACCCGGAGGAUUCAACCACCCUGCAGAUUAGUCCUGCUACGCUUGAUAGUUGCUUUCAAUCCGCAUUCUUGACGUAUACGUUUCCUGGAGAUAAAUCCCUUUGGACAUCAUUUUUGCCAAUAUGCAUCGACCGAAUAAAAUUUAAUCUCGCAACGAGUAAGGGGGACAACCUAACUGUGGACACGCACAUGGUCGAUAUCCAACCUUCCUCAACGGAUUCCAAGGCCACAUUCUUCGUCGACAUGGACAUAUUCAACGAGGAUGGGGAUAUGGAGAUACAAGUCGAGGGACUGACCGUUGCUGCGUUGGCUCACACCUUGCCAAAAGACGACUAUGAGCUGUAUCUCAACACCGUCUUCGACAUCGAUCCAACUGACGAGAUCGUGCAAGGAGAUGCUUCAUCUAGCACCACCGUCGACCCGGUUCUCAUAGAGGAAUGCGCACGGGUUGCUACGUUCUUUGUCAGAAAUAAUGCUGACAGCAGCGAUCCAUCACCAGAUCUAAGUCCUUUCUAUGAAAGACUGGCAAGUUGGUUUCCCGAAAUUUUAGGGAUGGUGAGUGCGGAUUACUGGCGCAUCGACACCAAGGAAACUAUCGACGCUCUUAUACAAGGAUCAGAUUUUUAUGGUUGUCUGAACCUGAUUCGCGAAUUAGACAGCCACCAGCCGGACUUCGUGGCCGAUGUCCUACCUAUCUUGAUCGAGGAGACGCACCACUUAUCCUGUACUAGCCGUCAUGUUGGUCGUAUCGCGAGGCAGAUCGCUCAUCGGUACCCUCAAAUGGACAUGCUCGGUCUAGCUGGGUCUGAGUCUGAACUCCUUGCCGAUGUCUUGUAUGCCGUAGGCUCUGCGUUCUCUUCCUUUACCGUCGGCACCGGGACGCUGCGGUAUCCAAGCCGGAGCCAGUUGGUUCCAGCAGAAGAGCUUAGACGGAGAAUUGUUCCUUUGACAUUGGAUCUUACCAAGGACUUAAAAGAUCAGCUGGGACGAGAAAGAAUGUACGAUCUCGUCUUGCUGUCGGCAUCCGAGCUUGAGGAUAAUUAUAUUCCUCACACGCUGAAGUACUUGCGCGAAAUCAUGAGACCAGGAGGCUUCUUGAUAGUAGUUCAAUCUUCGAAGAGUCCAACGAAGUCUCGAUUAUUGCGAAAUCUCAAGGAACAGUACGACGGAGCUGGAGCUCCCACACCACCCCAGUGGCCCGACGUCCUCGAUGCAUACGGCUUCAUUCAAGUUGCCAAAAACAGCAAUCAAUCAUAUUUUGCCGGUUACUCUAUCAUGGUGCGGCAAUUGAGUAGCCCAGAACUAAUACUACUCAAACAGCCAUCGAGGACUAUAGACGAUGCUAUAACCGAUCACUUGCUUAUCAUUGGCGGUAAUGAAUCCUCCAGUCGCCAACUAGUUCACCAGUUGGAGCAACGCCUCCUGAGCCAAUGUCGGCAAUUUACCGUACGAGCCACGUUCGAUGAGGUCGAGUCGAAAGCUCUGAACGCCUGCACCGCCGCAAUCGUUUUAGCAGAUCUUGAUCAGCCGCUGAUGACAAAUAUGACACAGGGGAUGCUGGAUCAGCUGCGGGAUCUCUUGCGGCCGAACAUGAAGGUACUCUGGCUCACUUUCCAGGCAUUGUCAGGGAAUCCGGACAAUGCAGCCACCUUCGGUUUCACGCGCACAGUAUCGGCCGAGGUUCCAGGUCUCGUGCUGCAGAUGCUUGAUCUAGAAGAGAUCGAGGGCUCUGGAGAUCUCGUAGCGGAUCACUUCAUCUGUCUAAUGGGAGGAGUUGAGAAGAGCGAGAGCAAUGCGCUAUGGACGGACGAGCGUGAGAUCCAUAUCAAGGGUGGACAGCGAUUAAUCCCCCGUGUCCUACCUUUGAAAGAAUCAAACGAUAGCGUCAACUCUUUCCGACGAGUAGUUUCACAUCCAACAAACUCCCUCCGAGAACCUGUCGAAGUCACCUCAUAUCUCAACUCGGAUGGCCUGAUUCGGUACGAGGCCAGGAGUGGAUGUUCUAGUCCUUCGGGUGACCCAGCCGAUCAAACCCGGAUUUAUGUAGAUUACAGCUCCGCGGAAGCGCUAAGACUCGACAGCGAAGAUUGCGAACGGACCGGCGGCCCAUGUCUUGCCUAUAUAUGUUUCGGCGUCAACUGUUCCACUGGCGAAGGGGUUAUGGCGAUAUCUUCCAACAAUUCUUCGUACCUCUCGUUACCGAGUGAGCAAGUAUAUCCUAUUAGCCCGAGUGCUGAGAUUGGUCUACCUUUGAUAUCUCUCGCGAUGCAAUACAUAGUAGCCGAAACGAUUGCGAAUCGAGCUGCUAGACAACCAAUUAUCCUGAUUGAUUCGGAUCCUAUGCUCACCCAAUGCGUAGUAGAAUCCGUCCACGACCUUAGCUCUGUCAUUUCGUAUUCCACAACACCUUCUGGGAAGGACAAUGGGCAUGCUUCCGAAUUUUUACAUGCGCGUGCAUCGACGAGAGAUAUCAAGAAACUCUUCCCGCCGAAAGGGGCGGUCAUCUUCGAUUUCCAACCGGCAAAGCACGUAAUGCUGUCCGGGCAAAUUUCGAAUUUGCUUCCAGCCAACUGCAAGUACUAUUCCGGCGACAUAGCAAAUCCCCGUAAUUACUGUGGGAAGACGUGCUGGAAAACGGCUGUAUCAAAGGCCUUGGAGUCGGAUCUCACAAGCUUACGAAAGCAUGUCAAAUUUGACACUUCUUCUCUACCAGAACUGCUAUUGAAUACCAAAUUAUCGCCGUCGCCUUUCCGUUUGAUCGAUUGGAGAGCUGACCGAAAUGCGAUGUGUACCAAAGAACACGUCAUGUCGAAGAAGGUUUUCCGCCCGGACAGGACGUAUGUGCUGUUCGGGACGACAAGAGAUCUUGGUCAAAGUUUGUGCUAUCUGUUCGUCGAGCAUGGCGCCCAGAAUAUCGUACUAGCUAGUCGAAACCCGAAAAUGGACCCGAAAUGGGUCAAGGAGCUAUCAGACGCCUACAGCGCAAACAUCGAGAUACGCAAGUGCGAUGUUACAGAUCUUGCUAGUGUGGAAGCGUUGAAGGAAAAUCUGUGGCAGUCCAUGCCUCCAGUUGCCGGAAUCGUUAACGGAGCCAUGGUUCUCGAUGACCGUGUCUUCGCGCAGAUAGACUUGGAUACUUGGGAGCGAGUAAUGCGACCCAAGACGGUUGGGUCGCAAAACCUUGACAUCGCAUUCCGUGAUUCAAAUUUAGAAUUCUUCAUCAUGACUUCAUCCUUUGCAGCUAUCGGCGGCCACCCGGGUCAAGCCAACUAUGCUGCCGCCAACAUGUACAUGAACGGAUUAGCAGGUAUGCGACGAUCUCGCGGUCAAGCCGCGUCGGUCCUGAAUAUCGGCGUUAUUUAUGGCCUCGGUUUCCUUCUACGAGAGAAAGAAGAACUCUACGCCGGUCUAGAGCGCGAGGGAUAUCCACCCAUCUCGGAGCGUGAUAUCCACCAUAUGUUCCUCGAAGCCGUCGCCGCAGGUCGUCCUAGAGGAGCAUCAAACCCGGAGCCACCCAUCGACAUCACCACCGGUUUGCGCAGAUUCGAUCCCACCGACCCGAAUCCUUUGCAUUGGCAUCAAGAUCCACGAUUUAGCCAUUAUAAUUUCCAAGAUAGAGAAGAGUCGAGCACGGCGACCGAGGGUGAACGGAAACCCCUCAAAGACAGCAUAGCGGCACUGACGGAGCCUUCCGCCAUCGCGCAGGUCAUCCUAGAGGCGUUCAUGGAAAGGUUGCAUACGCUCCUCCAACUACCUAAAGAGGCCAUCCAUGCGGUCCAAACCCUAUCCGAAUUAGGCGUUGAUUCGCUUGCUGCAGUAGAAGUCCGGACGUGGAUCUUCAAGGCCGUCGGUAAAGAUAUCUCGGUGAUCAAAUUACUCGGUAGCAUUAGUAUACAGAAAAUGUGCGCAGACCUGGCUGGGCGGAUUAUAGCCGAGCGUCGCGUUCAGAAUGACGGCAUGUAAUAGGAACGCUUCCUUUCACUUACAUUAUAUACAUGUCACAUUAUCCGAAACAAGUAUCGGGAGUCGUUUUUGCUGCACUCAACGGGGAAGGAGCCUAUAAUUUUAGCAUGCAGUAUGAGAUGAGCAGAAACUUACAAGCGGAACAAGAGCACAUCGUGAGUAGGUAACUACGCAGGUAGAUUACCCAGGCACCUAGUCAGUAAU